AAAUUUGGCAAGACGAGACUAAAAUUUCAAAAUGGCUGCUUGCUGUCGACUGCUUCGUUCUUCUAGCUAUUUUCCGCUGCCACCAGCAACACAUGGCAGGACAAGAAAGAUGGUCUUAAUUGAUUCAUCAAAGAGGACUCUAUGGACUUCACACAUACUGAGGAAGGAAAUGUAUUGGAAUGACAAAGCAAAUGCAAAUGAGACAAAAUUUGACAAGAUCUUGAUUGCUAAUCGGGGAGAAAUUGCCUGCAGAGUAAUCAAGACAUGUAGACGUCUUGGCAUAAAAACUGUUGCUGUUCACAGUGACGUGGAUUCCCUUGCUGUUCAUGCUAGGAUGGCUGAUGAAGCUGUCUGCAUCGGUCCAGCUCCAACCAGCAAGAGCUACCUGCAAAUGGACAAAAUCUUGCAAGUCAUCAAGGACACUGGUGCACAAGCUGUUCAUCCAGGAUAUGGAUUUUUGUCUGAAAACACAGUUUUUGCAGCCAGACUGCACGAGCUGGGUGUGGAGUUCAUAGGGCCUAACAGUCAGUCUAUUAGAGCAAUGGGAGAUAAGAUAGAGAGCAAGCGCAUUGCCAACAAAGCUGGUGUCAACAUGAUUCCAGGUUACGAUGGGGUAGUGGAAGAUGUGGAGCAUUGCGUCAAACUGGCCAAGGAGAUAGGUUACCCAGUCAUGAUCAAGGCUUCAGCAGGAGGAGGCGGAAAAGGCAUGAGGAUAGCACGAGAUGAGGAAGAGGCCCGGCAAGCUUUCAGACUUUGCACUGAAGAAGCCAAGUCUAGCUUUGGCGAUGAUCGAAUGCUUAUAGAAAAGUUUGUGGAAGAUCCACGACAUAUUGAAAUUCAAGUUUUGUGUGAUCGACAUGGUAAUGCACUGUGGUUGAAUGAGAGAGAAUGCUCUAUACAAAGGCGAAAUCAAAUCAUAGAAGAAGCCCCUAGCACUUUUUUGGAUUCAGGCCUGAGAAAAGCAAUGGGGGAACAAGCAACAGCUCUGGCCAAGGCUGUAGGCUAUGACUCUGCAGGAACUGUGGAAUUUCUGGUGGAUUCAAAAAGAAACUUCUAUUUCUUGGAGAUGAACACACGCCUUCAAGUGGAACACCCUAUUACUGAAUGUACAACAGGCAUAGACAUUGUUCAUCAAAUGAUUCGUAUUGCAAAAGGGCACAAGCUACUUUAUUCACAAAGUGACGUUCCUGUAGAUGGCUGGUCUUUUGAAUGCAGAGUGUAUGCUGAGGACCCUUUCAAGAACUUUGGAAUGCCAUCUAUUGGACGUCUAUCAAGAUACAUUGAGCCGAUACAUGUUCCUAAUGUCCGAUGUGAUAGUGGGGUUGAGGAAGGCAGUGAAAUUAGCAUCUAUUAUGAUCCAAUGAUUUGCAAGCUGGUGUCUUAUGGACCAGACAGACAAUCUGCUGUUGACACAAUGGUUACCGCUCUAGAUUCCUAUGUGAUUAAAGGGGUGACUCACAACAUUCCUUUGCUACGUGAUAUCAUGACAGAGGAAAGAUUUCUUAAAGGCAAUAUAAGCACCAACUAUCUACCUGAGGUUUUUCCUGCUGGAUUUAAAGGUAAACAGCUGUCAGAAACAGAGAUGGAAGAAUUGGUAGCAUUAGCUUGUGCUGUCCACAACACAGAAACCAACCGCUCUGCAGCAUUUCUCAGUGAGAAUAGACUGCCUGUCUACAAAGACCCUAGCAUCAACUGGAAUAUGAAUGUUGAAGUAGGAGGCAACACAUAUCCUGCCACUGUCUCAAAAGUUGAUGAUGCAUAUGUGGUGCAGGUUGGGAAGAACAUAUACACUAUUGCAGGAAAAGUAUGUUUUGUUUCUCCUCUUAUGGACUUGAAAGUUAAUGACCAGCGACGACUUUUACAGUUUGUGGAGAGAGACUUUGGAUGCCAUUAUAAAUUGCGACUGUUUGGAACUGUGUUUGCAGUGCGUGUUCUGGAUGACUUUGCGGCAGCCAUGCAGAAACUGAUGCCAGAGAAGAAGGAGGUGGAUCUCAGCAGUGUCAUCCUUGCCCCCAUGCCAGGAAUGCUGAAAUCGGUGGAUGUUGAAGUCGGGCAGCAGGUGGCCGAAGGUCAAGAGGUGUGUAUUUUGGAGGCUAUGAAGAUGCAGAACAGCCUACAAGCUUCCAAAGUGUCCAAGGUGAAGAAAGUAAAUUUCAAGGCUGGCGAUACAGUCAAUGAAGGAGAUGUUCUUGUAGAACUGGAGUGAUACUGAUAUUAGGUUUAUAUUUCUAAGCAAUUUAUUUUCUGUAAAUAGAGAAAUCUUAGUGAAACACUGUUAUAACAGCUACUGCAGUUCAUUGGAUGCAACUUCUUUAACUAGAUGAAUGACUUCAAGGCCUUCUUUUUGAGAAAUUUAAUACAUUGAAAGACUGACUUAAAACAUGCACUGGUCAGCAGCCACAUGCUUUAGAAUAAUGAUUAUUGAGGAUCAGUGGGGUCCUCUCAGUUCCAGUGUUAGUUGGUGCAGAUUGAUUGCAAAUCCUUGACCCCAGCGGUCCAGCUUGUUUGUGGUGCAGUAUGCAAGCAGCAAACGACACUCAAGCACUAUUGAACAAGUGGCUCACAGCAAGCAUUCCAUACCUGCUGACCACUGUUUGCAACAGUUUGUUGUGUUUUCUAUCUUUUUUUUAACAUUUUGAAGUUGCGGGUGGUGGGGUGUGUGUGUGGCAGUGCUGGUUCUUGUCCAGCACAUCAGACAUGACUGGUGAAAGGCUGUUAAAUAAACUCACUCUAUAUCACCUGCUGGUUUUUCACUUAGGUCAGGUAUUUCACUGAACAAUAUUUGUAGCGUGAAGUUGAAAGAACUUGGGAUACACUUUUAUGCAUUUCUUCAACAGGUCUCUAGCUCAGUGUAAAUCAAAUCUGAAAUUGGAGUCUUCUGAGAGCUCAGAAUAAAUAUCACAUAGCAUGGCAUACUUCCAGUUGUAUCCAUUAUAAAGACAGUGAACAGUUGCUUGGAUGUCUUAAAACGUCUCUUGUCUCAAGUGUUUCUUGAUAAUGUCCCGGUUAUGAGAGUUUGCUCAGACAAAAUGGAUCAAGUUUCUUCGCUUUUUAUUUUUUGGAGAAGCUACAUGAAAACCUCCAGAGCCAAAGCAAACAUAAGCUGUACAUUUUUAAUUUGUUUUUUUCUUGAUCAGUUUACUUUGAUAGUUGUUAGUUUGUCAUGAAUUCUUCAUUGUGUCGAAAAUAGUGUGAGGGUAUUGUGAUUAAAACACGGGCUUAAUUUUUGCUGUUAUCAGAGCCAGUAUUUGUGUGUUAUCUCGGAUGUAUGUUAAGACUGAUGAACAGGAAGAAGGGAAGUACUUUUUGUGUGCUUGUUUAUUGAGUUUCAAACUUUGUGGAAAUUUUUGUGAAAUAAUAGUUUUAAUUGAGAGUAGUAUUAUCUUCACUACUUUAGUAUCAUGGGGUUUUUUCAACUGAAAUAUGUGCCUUGCAUUAAUAUUUUGUGGGAAAGGCAUAAUAACUGGUUUGACAGUUUGUUUGCUGUUUGUAAUGAUUAUUGGCAGCUUUUAUCAUCAGAAGUCAAUCAUUUUAUUCAAGUAUGUAUCUUUUAGCGCAAAUAUUUCUUGUGACAUUGAAGUUAAAAUAUAAUCAGAUUAUGUACUUUACUUUUUGUCCGCAGUCAUAGGCAUCACAUGAUGUCACUAGAUGCUUGGUCACGAAAACUAUCUUAGAGCACAGCCUUUGGGUCAAAGUCCAGCAGUUUAAUGCUACAAAUAUAUAGUCUCAAUAAACAUAUAGGGUUGUGAUCAUGCAUUUUAGCACUAAAGUAACGCUCUUUAAAGAUGUUAGAGGUGGUAUUCCAAGAAUAUGAGAAAAAAAUUGAUUUGCUAAAGAUGUUUUACUUUAUGGAGUGUAUAGCUCUGUGAACAUUGUGAAUAAAGAUGAUUCAUAAUUUUCAACACAGAUUUUUGAUAGAAAGCAGUUUAUGACAAUGAUGCUUUUAUAAACCAGAAAUUUCCAAGACUGUUGCAAGACAACAAUUAGUUUAUAUUAAUGUGAUGCAUUGUCCAGUAUAUUUUUACAAAGGGACUAUUGUUACCAUAUUGAGAGGUACAGAAUUUUUCAUCAUGUACUUGUUUUGUUUUUUUUUUUUUUGAUAUCUUAAACAUACUAGUAUUCAUGCUAUUAGAAGUUAGAUCUGUAGAAAUUUUAUGUCUUCUGAGGCUCUUGAUGCAACACUAUUGAAGCUUUAUUUACUCUUUAGCACAUAUUCAUUAAAAAUCUAUACGUGCGUACAUGUACAUGUGGAAAUGCAUGUACUGAGAAGUAAAUUUUAAGAGUUUACAAAAUAAGUUAUCUUUUAGCUUGCACUUUAGCAUGUGAUUAAUCUUGUGUAACAAGGAACUAUUAAGCACGCAGUUAAUCUUGCGACAAGUGAGGAAAUAUUUCCGCUUUGGUUGUGAUGAAGUGCACUACAUUCAUAUAGUGAUUAACAGUCUUUAUCUUACACUUUAACCCUUUGAGAACCUAGGGACAUAUUUGUCCCAUACUUUUAAAUGGACUCCAUAUGCAAUUGAAACGACAUAGAGCAGCCAAAUUUGUAUGAAACCAUAUAGUAUGUCACUGACUUUAUAUAAAUAAGGCUGGCUUCAGUAUGUAUUCAUUAGUUUCAUUGUCUGAUUGAGAGGAAUUUUCAAUUUGAAGACCACCCACAGAAGUGAAAUUUGAUUUUUUUUUUUUUUUUUUUUUUUUUUUUUUUGAGUGGACAAACUGCCACUGGUUAUUGUUGGGGGUGUCACUAAUGUAAUGCAUUAAUAUUUUUGUUUCAUAAUUGUUGGGCUGGUUUCCGAAAAUAAUUUGAUUUUUUUCUGUUGGACAUGUAUGUCUCUAUGGGCCAUAAGAGAACCAAUUUUAAUGUUGCACCUUUAUCCUUCGUGUUUUAGAAGGAGAUGCAAAAAUGACCGAAAUGAAGAAUCCAAUGCCUUUGAGAUAUUUCAAAAAUCCUGCGAUUGGAUGGACAACAGAUGUGUUGUGCCUUGUCCUGAAAUUUUUGUUGCCAACAAAAAAUUUAUGGGAGGCAUAGACCUCAUGGAUGAGAAAAAGAUUACAUAUGAAGUUGGUCAAAGGUGAAGUACUACUUUCGAAUAUUUUUUGAUUUGUUGCACAUAGCGGUGAACAACACUCGCUGUAUUUAUGAGUUCAUGAAUCAGAAAUACAAUCCUGAGUAAAAGGAGAUAUUACAGCUUGACUACAGACAAAUGAUACCAAGAGUGCUCAUUGGAAUUUACACAAACAGGAAAAGAAGUAUUUCAUCAGGACCUGCUUGAAGCAGCAAAAAGAUCAUGCCAACCACGACUUGAGCGUAAGUUGGUUAAAAAAGAAAAACUCAAAAGGUCAAUGUACAAAGUACAAAAUUGAAAGCAGGACUGACAAUAUGUGUGACAUUCUCUAUAGGCUAGUAUGCAUGUUUGUGCUACACAACAUCACUUAGCUGUUUUGAGAUCUACCAUUCAUAAAUUACAUUACAUGCAUAAAAAAUGGAUCUUUGUUCAUAUCACAGUGUCAUAUCAUUUCUGAUGUUCCAUAAAACAGUAGAACGUUUUAUCACUAUUUGGAUAAAAAUAUUGAUGAAACCCAUACCUUGCAUUAAGACACUUUUUCCUUGCCACUCAUGGGGAUAUAUUUGUCACAUGUUAUAUCUCGAAAACUAAGUGGAAUAUCAGUUUCAACUAAACAUUUUUGGUAUCUACGGGUCUUUUUACCCCUAAAUAUGUCAGAAUUACUAAAAUUAUAUGCAUACAAUCCUUACGGUCCUCAAAAGGUUAAUGACUUUAGAACAUAUUUUGCAGGUUAGAACUUUUUCACCUUCUACUGUGUUGAAUUUUUUUUAUGAGCUGGAGAAUUUUACUGCAUAAUACUGAUUGCUGCAGUGUUAUCCUUUUAGUUUCUUUUUAGAUGUGGAGCAAUGUCACAAAUUUAAAAAAAGAAAUAACUGCAUAUUUCCUCAGUAUUUACUGCUCUGGUUAUGUAUGUAGAGUGCAUAUGGAAGACGGGGUGGGUGGUAACAUUUAUAUGAAUGAUAUGCUGACAGGAGUAUGAGUCAUAACACAGAGCAUGUCAGAGUGUUCAAAUUUACACAAAUUGCUGAGCAUUAUCUGCAUUUCUAUGAUAUCAGGGAUAUAAAAGCAUUACAUUGCAUGAAAAUAUUGUGCAAUGAUAAAAAUACACAACUUUCUAUGCAUUUGUGUGUUCAUGUAUGCAUGUGUUGUAGAAUAUAUUGGUUGUAAAGGCAUUGCAAGAUUACUCAUGAUUUUUAAGUCUUCCAGAAUUUAAGCUUUUAUUAAAAAAGAAAGUG